CAUUUUCUUAUUGAAUUGAAUAUCUGAAGAUUGCAUUCACGCCCCUCCGCAACUUCGUAAAAACAACAUUCCCAUCAGUGCAACAACUGCCACAAGUGCACCUACAGCAAAUAAACCGACCUAAGUAACCGAGAAGUGGUGCAUAUCCGUUGCAUCACAAUCUUCUUUUCCCCAACGAACCACGCGACAAUGCGAUAGAAUUCAAGAGUACGAAUCAUGGAGGACGAUGGUGAUCUUAAUGCCCUCCAGGCUUUACAUAAGAAUCUGAGCAACACAACUGAGGCGCUCAGAGCCGAUCGCGAAUUUGAGGUCCGGAACGGGUUGCUCUUGCGCUUUUUAGAAACUUCAGGCGCUCUCUUGGAUGACCUGAGCCCAAAGUUUAGGGCGUUACUAGAAAAACCUGGAAGAAGAAAAGAAAGUCGAGAUGCCGUGUUGUCAGGGAAAGCCGUCUUGUCCGGCGAGGAAUAUACUUUGAAUAAGGACUUCCAAGAGCUUACCUUACAAAUUGCCGACAGUUUAGAAUUGGACGAGAUCGAUGCAGCCAAAUUGGCCCUCGCUACCCAACAUGACGAUAUCGCAUUGGGGCGUUCUUGGAAGGAAUGCGCCAUAAUACGGUUCCAUCAGCAGAGGAGCUUCUUGCUCAACUGCAUGCUACUGCUUUUGGAACUUGCUAAGGAAGAGGAUGAACUUGUCGCUGAAGAUGUCGGUGAGAACAUUGGAUCCCUCGGAAGCCUUAGUCGAUACGUCAGCGAGAAUAUCCUUCGAGAAAACCUUCCUGGCAUUACCAAUUCGCCAUCACAACCGAGAUUUGUGCCUGCAUGCGUGUCUACGAUGGGCGAUAUCAGAAUGUGGCUUCAAAAGCUUGCCGAACAGGUCGCGAGCGCUUCUGUGCUAGGUGUUGCCAGCGAGGCCCAGUUUCAGGAGACCGUGGAACUCACAUAUGUCAGCCUGGUUCAGCAGCAUGAACUCCUUUCUGUCAUUCUCUGUUACGCAAUCGAGAAACAUGUGGCAAUUGAGAAUGACUUCAUUGAUUUUCUUCGGAUACUGAAGCAGGCUACUAGAUACGACUCUUGCACUGUACAUCUCGUACCUGUGCUCGGCACUUACAUCUCGAUUUUCGGCUCUACGGAGGGCAGCGGAAGUGUGGAACAAGCGAGAAAGUUGAAUCGUAUCGUUUGCCAACAAUCGGAAGAUGAAGCGCGGAGUAUGCCUUUCCUUAAUGCGGCAGUGAGAGCUUGGUGGAUUGCCGAAUACAGUGGCUGGUAUAUGGAUGACGCUGCCGGCUCAGGUCUUUCCGGUAUUGAUAUUGACGAAGAGGACAAGCAAAGGUCGAGAUUGUUUGCCGAAGCAUUAAGAGAUGGCGCUUUUGACUUCAUGUUGGCAGUUAUCGCUGAUGUUAAAGCGUCUGAGUGGGAAGACGCCGCUCGAAAAUCAUUACGACAAUGGCUUCGAAAGCGAACCCCACCCCUAUCUACUGAUACUCUUCCAUUUUCAGAACCUUUUCAGGCACGUCUUGCAGCAAAACUUGAGACGUUUGUAGAUGCCUUCAUAUCAAACAUGCCCGACGUUCUCCGAAGGCUGAAAAUCGAGGAGGAUGAACAGCGUCAGACUAGCCAAGGCCAGGAACAAGACUACGACUUAGAGAGGUUUCUUCUUAUUAUCGCCUACUCUUUCGAAGGCCGACCGGAGGCUGCGGAUGGGUUUUGGGGUGACCCCGAGAAUAAUCUAGCGGGGUUUCUUCAAUGGGCGUCUCGAAGAGCGACAACCCCAGUGCAGGCCGCAUUCUGUGAGAUGCUCCAGUCCUUAUCUGAGGACGAGCCUUCUGCCAAAUCCGCGCACGAAUUUCUCCUGGACGAAGGCCAUCAAAUUCGAAAGCCAUUGACUAUUACAUGGGCCCACAUCAUCCACGAGCUGGAAUACUUUGCUAAUAAAAUCAGAGAGAAACCCGCCGCAACCCAGGUCAGCAUGAACAGAGCUGGAAAAGUCAACCCGGAACAAGCCGAAACCGAACCAGAAUUUGCGGCGAUGCUGGAAUCCUACCUGAGACUUAUGGCUAAACUGACUAGUCAAAGCGAGGCAGCACGUAAAUACCUGUUCGAGCAACCACACCUACUGAGUAUACUCUUUCAAGUGGUGAGCAGCUUGGUUACACCUCGGAUCAGAGCAUGUACGUUUAGGGCGCUAUCCUCUCUUCUUAGUCGAAAGACCGUUGAACAAAACGAUAUUUUGUGGGAGUAUUUAGAAGCAUGCCUCUCUGGGCGCUUCUUUUUGUCUACAAAUAGGGCCGGGUCUUCCUCAAGCGCCCAGCCCCCAUCUUUCUACAUGGAAGGUCUCUUUCAAGAGAUGAGUCCGCACGCCGACGAUGCUAUUGCUUUCAUUCAGUUCCUAGCUACGUUGACAUCCCUUCCACAGGAAUCCAGUUCUCUUAGGGAUGUGCUGCCGUAUCCAAAGGAUCUUGGUGCAUCGACUCGGAUGCGCUCGGGCAUCGAGCCGUACAUAGACUUCGCCCUAGGGCACAUGUUCUCCAUUCGAGCUCAGGAUGUUCCAGAAUCCGUGCAGCAGAGAAUGCUACGACUAUGUUGCUUAGAUCUUGCAUUAACAUGUGUUUCUAACUUCAACGAGGACUUAAUUAUAUUUAGCAACGAAACUAACGUCAAUGUUGAUGCUGCAAUAAAAUGCGACAGCCUCGAAAAUUACGUCACAUUGCACCCAUUCGCUAGAGUCAUGGAGUGGAUGUAUGAUGCCAAGUUCAUGAAGGGCAUCCUCGAAACGAUACACCAAAACCCGGCGGAUAUUGGAAAGGCGGCACCAGAUUCACCUCUCAUCCUUAGUGUUCUCCGCGCGAUUGAGCUUGUCUCGAAGGCUUUGGAUCUUCAAGCUACUUAUAUUAAUCUUGUCAGGCCGAUUGUAAAACCACAGUCUCGGACACAAGGUCGUUCGGCAUAUAUACCCGUGUCAAAUGGGGCGUUCGGUUCUAUAGAAGACGGCCUUAUGGUUAGUAUGGCGCUGAUGUCUGAUCUCGGCAGUUACUGUGGCAUUGGCCAUCCAGAGUUAACUUUGGCAAGUCUGAAGCUCUUGGAGAAGAUAUCGGCGUCGCCUAGGGUCAUUUCUGUUUGGCAAUCGGGCUCUUCGAACUUAACUCAUCGAAACAAAGCUAUUAUGGCUUUGGAGGAACAUGACGACGCGGCCACCAUUGCUGGAUCUUUUAUUACCGAGUUUCAUACCCCCCUAGACCUUUUCAAGGAAAGCGAGUCACCGGAAUAUCAAAUCAAACUCUACAUCCUCGAUUUCAUCCAUUCUUGCAUGCAAGCGAGCCCAGACCGACCUACGAUUGCUCAUUUGCUUCUUGGAUUUCGUUGCGGGGCCAACACAGUUGAGAUCGAGCCUGGUAGCCCAUUUGACGAGGGGAAGUCUCUAUUCCAUGCACUAUUGCCAGUGAUUAUUGACGUUAAGGCGACAAAUGAAGAAGGAUCCAUGAUUACGUGGCUCGUGAAUUUUAGGUAUAAGGUUAUGCGAAUUCUCAAACUACUUUGGAGUUCUCCGCUAUCCUCUAGGACCGUCCUCGAAGAACUUCGAGCGAAUGAAUUCCUCUUCCAUAUUCUUGUCCAAGGUUUGGUGGUCCAGCAAAAUCUUCUAUGGGAUGGGGUUGAGGCCAGCGGACCAGACUUCCUUACCUACCCCGCUGCUGGAGGCUAUGUUGAUUUUCUCUCAAUGAGGGCCAUGGCACUUGAGUAUGUUACUCGCGAGCUCUGCAGCGUCUCCCUUGGCCACACGCCCGCUCUGAAGCGACGGAUCUUCGACGCCCUCGGAGGCCAAAUUAAAGUCGAUAGUCAGGGUGUUAUAUCAGUACCCUCGGCAUUCGAGUUUCAGGAUUCUCUAUCUCAAGAAUCUCAGUUCGAAACUGCUCCGCCCGAUUUCAAAAUUGUUGGAGAAUUAGAUCUUAGUUCCUGUCUUGAGGAGGACGACGACCAAAAUCGAAUAUACAAUUUGAACAAGGUACAGGAAAUUUUGCUUUUACGAUUUAAUGAGACUGGCAGGCCUGGCCAACUUAUCCUGCAGGAGGACCUUGAACUUAUGGAAACUGAAAAGGACAUGCUGCUACAAUACCUACGGUACCUGAACCGAUUUACGCAAAUAAGAGCGUACAGCCACAAGGUUCUAGCAGCGUGGACGAGAUUGUUGAUGGUUAUGACCAAUUGCAACGAGUUCAAGGGCACAAACAAAGUCUCUUUCAUACUACAAACGCUGCAGGCGAUGCUGCCUAGCCUCGAAAUGUACGGUUCGGAUAACCCUAGCGCUGCUCUAGAGCUCGCAAAGCUUGCUAAGGUGUUAUUAUUCGAAUUGGAUUUCGAGACGAUGACCUCGACCGAUAAACAAAGUCGAGCGGUGGAGAAUUUAAUCAGUGACAAGCUUUUCCAACUUCUCCAGGUCUGCCUGAGCGCGAUUGCAAAAUGGGCCGGUAAUCAAGAACUGCGAGCAGUCUAUUACAGUAUUUGCUAUCGGCACUUGACGGGGCUCGUCGACCACGGACACGGAGUUUCGUCGAGCCUACGAAAGACAACUAAGACGAUACAGGCAUUCGGUGAGAAGUUGUUAAAUGUCGUGUGCGACGAUGCAUUUGGCGGGGACGCGGCAUGUCAAUCGGCAGCUCUAAUCCUCCUAGGAACCCUAGUCCAGCUUGGCAAGCAGGAGAAUGAUAACUUUGUAGUGGAAACGCUCAACCGACUGAACUUCAUCGGCAUACUCGUCGAUUCUCUGCGCGACGUAUUGGCGGAAUGGGAAGUCGUUAGCCGGACAGGCGAUUCGGACCAGCAGAACUACAUCGAUGCCAAGCUCGCUCUCCUACUACAACUGUGUCAGACGCGGGAAGGCGCCAAGAAUGUUCUGCAUGCGAAUCUCUUCAGGGCCAUCGAGCAGUCAGGACUGUUUUCGGUGGAUCCCGAAUUACAGGUUGAUUCGGCAGAUAGUAGGGCGUUGGAGAGGCACUACGAUCUUCUAGUCAAAGUGGCGCGCAUCAUCGGUGCAGCGAUUGUCAGUAGAGGGUCACAUAACGUGCUGCAAGGCAGGCGCUUCUUGACCGAACACCGCAUGCUGGUGAUGCACGUGCUGAAGCGUUCAGCUGGAAUUGGGGCGGGAGCUGGUAAGACAGAUACGCUACUGUCUGAACGCGUUAGCGACUUGGCUGAGGCAUUCAUGGUCGUGAUCACUGCAACCGGGUUUCUUGAGUUCGAGGGCGGAAAUUUGCAGGAGGACAAAAGACCGGCACCGAUGUUGUUCCACUAAAAGUAAUAGGGACGGCUCCGUGAGAUCUAUGGCACGGCCUACAUAGAUAGGCCAGGUAUCUAUGUAGAAUAGAUGACGCGGUCGAGCAAAAAUUCGUUGGUAGUGUGUGCGACAAGGACUUGUACUCGUAGGUGAUAGUAGUAACGCCACAGGAACGCGUGAGAUCAGGUCUUGGCUGUUGGUGUAUGAUACGAUAUAAUGAUGGCUAGCCUACCCGCAGGAAAUGAAAUGCAAGAUACCGCCGCAAGGCAGAAAACCGUGAA